UAAUCGGAAUAUGGGGCAUGGGUGGUAUAGGUAAGACAACCAUUGCUGAAGCUGUUUUCAACAGUAUUUCAAGUCAAUAUGAAAGCUGCUGUUUUAUUACCAAUGUAAGAGAGAAAUCGGAAGAAUGUGGUGGCUUGAUUCGCUUGCGAGAGGAAUUCCUUUCCAGAGCAUUAGAACAGGAAAAUCUCCGUAUUGACACUCCACGCAUGGGAUCCACUUUAAUCAAGGAAAGGAUCCGGCACAAAAAAGUCUUAACUGUUCUAGAUGAUGUGAAUGAUGUAGAACAAGUGGAAUGUUUAAUUGAAAGGCAUGAUAUGUUUGGUCCAGGAAGUAGAAUUCUUGUAACGUCCAGAGAUAGACAAGUGCUUAAGAAUGUGGCUGAUGAAAUAUAUGAGGUUGAGGAAUUAAAUUGCAGUGAAGCUCGUCAACUCUUCAGUUUGUCUGUCUUCAAAGGAAACCACAUUCCAAAAGAUUAUAUGGGCCUAUCAAUCAGGGCAGUAAAUUAUGCUAAAGGAAACCCAUUGGCUCUUAAAGUUUUGGGUUCCUUUCUAUUUGACCUAAGGAAAGAGGACUGGGAAAAUGCAUUGAAUAAACUUGAAAGAAAUCCUCAGAUGAAAAUUUAUAAUAUGUUGAAAGUA